AAACUGUCCCACGUGUGUAUUUCCUGUAGGUGCAUCACCUGGCGACCCCACGCCAGGUGGGAAUGAGCCCCUGGACGGCCAUUUUGGAAGGUGACGUCUUCCUGUAAAGUUAGACGCUGCCCUUCUGACCCACACAACUUGGGAGAAGUGGUUACACCGCAUACAUUUGCCAAAUGAACUGUACGCUUAAAAUCUGUGCAUUUUACUGUAUCUCGACCGCUGUAAAAGCAAAACGAAGAGAAGAUGAACAUCAAAAAGCAAUCCCCAGGGGUCCUCUUGGGGCGCUCCAGAUCCUCGAGCGCCCGCAGGUUGGGGAACCACGCAUCCAAGAAGAAAUGAAACCGCGCUGGGAAAGUGAGGGCUCGGGGGUUGGGCCGGUUCCGCCCCUUUCCCAACUCGCCGCAGUUUCGAUUCUCGGUUCUUCAGCUGCUCCGCCUCCCGGCGCGGGGUGCUUUUUAGGAGACUCCCGGCUCGCCGGGCUUUAGUGCAGCCAGGCGCAGACGAGGCGCGGCCAGAAGCUGAGCCGGCAGUAUGACAGCAGAGCAGCGGCGGAAUCUGCACGCUUUCGGGGACUAUGUCAGGAAGACUCUCGACCCCACCUUCAUCCUGAGCUACAUGGCCCCCUGGUUUAGGGACGAUGAGGUGCAGCAUAUUCAGGCUGAGAAAAACAACAAGGGCCCGACAGAGGCUGCGUCGCUUUUUCUCCAGUUCCUGUUGGAGCUCCAGGAGGAAGGCUGGUUCCGAGGCUUUUUGGAUGCCCUUAACCAAGCAGGUUAUUCUGGACUCUGUGAAGCCAUUGAAAGUUGGGAUUUCCAAAAAAUUGAGAAGUUGGAGGAGUACAGAUCACUCUUAAGGCGUUUACAACCAGAAUUUAAAACCACGAUCAAUCCAAAAGAUAUCCUUCCUGAAAUAGCUGAAUGUUUAAUUAGUCAGGAAUGUGAAGAAAUUCUACAGAUUUGUUCCAGCAAGGGGCUGAUGGCAGGUGCAGAGAAAAUGGUUGAAUGCCUCCUCAGAUCAGACAAGGAGAACUGGCCUAAAACUUUGAAACUUGCUUUGGAGAAAGAAGAGAGCAGGUUCAGUGAACUGUGGAUGGUAGACAAAGGUGCAGAAGAUGUUAAAAUGAAAGAUCUUGAGGAUGACGAAAUGAAAACUUGUGAUGUACAGAUUUUCUACAAGGAUGAACCAGAAAACCAGAAUCUUAGUCAGAAUUCGUGUUCCUCUUCAGAAGCACCUCAUACUUACAGCCCACUGAAGCCAAGAAAUUACCAACUGGAGCUCGCUUUACCUGCUCAGAAUGGAAAAAACACAAUAAUAUGUGCUCCUACUGGUUGUGGAAAAACCUUUGUUUCUCUUCUUAUAUGUGAACAUCAUCUUAAGAAAUUUCCACAAGGACAAAAGGGGAAGGUUGUCUUUUUUGCUAUUCAACUCCCAGUGUAUGAGCAGCAGAAAUCUGUGUUCUCAAAACAUUUUGAAAGACUUGGGUACAAAGUUGCAGGCAUUUCUGGAGCAACGUCUGACACUGUCUGUGUGGAACAGAUUGUUGAGAACAACGACAUCAUCAUCUUAACGCCACAGAUUCUUGUGAACUGUCUUACCAAUGGGACGAUUCCAUCACUCUCUGUGUUUACUUUGAUGAUAUUUGAUGAAUGCCACAACACCAGCAAACAGCAUCCUUAUAAUGUCAUCAUGUUUAAUUAUCUAGAUCGGAAACUUGGAGGAUCUUCAGACUCACUGCCCCAGGUCAUUGGACUGACUGCCUCGGUUGGUGUUGGGGAUGCAAAAAACAAGGCUGAAGCCACAGAAUACAUCUGCAAGUUGUGUGCUUCUCUUGACACUUCGGUCAUAGCAACAGUCAGAGACAACUUGGAAGAACUAGAGGAAGUUGUAUAUAAGCCCCAGAAGUUUUUCAGGAAAGUGGAAUUACGGACCACUGACAGAUUUAAGUGCAUCAUAUCGCAGCUGAUGAUGGAGAUAGAGAGUCUGGCGAAGAGCAUCUUUGAAGAACUUGGUACCAUAACUCUUGGAGGCUUAUUUCAAAUUCAAAAUAGUAAUUUCGGAACACAGAAAUAUGAGCAGUGGAUUGUCAAGGUUCAGAAAGAGUGUGCGGUGUUUCAGAUGCCAGACAAAGACAAAGAAAGCAGGAUUUGUAAAGCACUGUUUUCGUACAUGUCACAUUUGCGGAUAUACAAUGAUGCCCUUAUUAUCAAUGAACAUGCCCGAAUGAAAGAUGCUUUGGAUUACUUGAAAGACUUCUUCAGAAAUAUCCGAGCAGCAGGCUUUGAUGAGAUUGAGCAAGAUCUCACUCAGAGAUUUGAAGAAAAGCUGCAAGAACUAGAAAGCAUUUCCAUAGAUCCCAGCAACGAGAACCCUAAACUCAGAGACCUCUGCUUCAUCUUGCAAGAAGAGUACCACUUAAACCCAGAGACCAGAACCAUUCUCUUUGUGAAAACCAGAGCCCUUGUGGAUGCUUUAAAGAAAUGGAUUAAAGAAAAUCCUAAGCUCAGCUUUCUGAAACCUAGCAUAUUGACUGGACGUGGCAAAACGAAUCAGAACAUAGGGAUGACCCUCCCAGUCCAGAAGUGUGUACUGGAUACCUUCAGAACUGACAAGGAUAACAAGAUUCUGAUCACCACCUCGGUGGCAGAUGAAGGCAUCGACAUUGCUCAGUGCAAUCUGGUCAUCCUGUAUGAGUAUGUGGGCAACGUCAUCAAAAUGAUCCAAACCAGAGGCAGAGGAAGAGCAAGAGGGAGCAAGUGCUUCCUUCUGACCGCUAACGCUGAUCUGAUCGACAAAGAGAAAAUGAACAUGUACAAAGAAGAAAUGAUGAAUGGCGCCAUUUUAAUCCUGCAGACAUGGGAUGAAGCAGUAUUUAAAGAAAAGGUUCACCAGAUACAGAUUCGUGAAAAAAUCAUCAGGGAUAAUCAAGGAAAACCAGAACCUGUGCCUGAUAAGAAAACUAAAAAACUACUCUGCAAAAAGUGCAAAGCCUUUGCAUGUUAUACAGCUGAUAUAAGAAUGGUGGAGAAAUGCCAUUUCACUGUGGUUGGAGAUGCUUUCAGGGAGCGCUUUGUGAGUAAACUGCACCCCAAACCAAAGAGUUUUGGGGAUAUUGAAAAGAGAGCAAAGAUAUAUUGUGCUAGGCCAGACUGCAGCCAUGACUGGGGAAUCUAUGUGAGGUAUAAGGCAUUUGAGAUGCCAUUUAUAAAAAUCGAAAGUUUUGUGGUGGAGGAUAUUGCAACUGGAGUUCAGACCCUGCAUGCCAAGUGGAAGGACUUUAAUUUUGAGAAGAUAUCAUUUGAUGCUGCAGAAAUGGCCGGUGGAGCUCAGGACCUGGGUCUUCAGGGAGUGGGCAACCUUGAGUGAAGAAGAAAUUGUACUGGGGCUAAAUCAUGGAUCGCCUGUACCACUGUUAAGAUAGUUUACCUAAGGCUUGUACCGUACUGAGUGUUUGUCACUUCAUUCUGUUGUUUUCUGCAGUUUCUGUUAUGUUGUUUAUGUAAAGCACAAGUGACUGAAUCAUGACACUAAAUGCAUUGUAGGCCGGCAGAACUUGGAAAGAAUUAAAAAGCCUUAACUUGUUGCUCUUCAGAACCCACUGCCAGUGUAUACCCAUAGCCACUCAGUGUAUGUUGGGAGAAAUGGAUGAGUGGAAUGUUGGAAGGUUUUCCAUGCCUCCCUUUCUUUCUUUAGCUUAAAACCAUAAACUGGCUUGUGCCCUUAAAAGUCUAUUGAAUUGUUUUUGUCGGAAUCACCGGUCACUCUGGCUGCCACAUCCAUUGGGCAUUUCUUAGUCCUUUUCUCUCUUUGUCCUCUUUGCUGCUUUUGGCCCUUUAGAAUACUCCUUUCUUGGAACUCCCUCUUGGCCUCUAUCUCAUCUAGCUUGAUCCCAGUCUUUUCUUUUCUUUGGCUCCUUUUUGCUGAUCCCUUACAGUUGGUAAUUCCAAAGCUUCAACACACACACACACACACACACACACACACACAUGUAUGUAUAAGUAGGCAUAAUAGUCACAUAUGCUUGUGUUCUCUACGUAACAAUAUGUGGCAUAUAAUUUAAAAUUCUGUAGUGGACAACUGUCAGUAAUGGGGGCAUAUAAAUGAUACAGGGAUCCUUGAGAAGUUGAUUUCUGUUCUUUGAGUUUAUUGUACAUCUUGCCUGAUUCAUUUGUUUUCUUAACCUUUGCUACCGUUUGCUUUAAACGGUCAUCUCAAGCCAUUUUCCAGUCCUAGUUGAUGAUCAAUAUUUGGACUCUGUUCUCAGGCAGGUCCCUUAGAUGUUAUUGUUAGGGCACUUAAGUUUGGCUCUCCUUUCUAUUUAAAAAAUUAGGAUGCAUGUUAAAAUGAUGUUCCUGGGUCAUUAACAAGGUUUGCUGAGGCUCUAGGGUUUAGUUUGGGGUUUUGCAGACACAGAGGCAACUACCUGAGUUUUGCUGUUCCAUCCAGGUCAAGGUAUUUUAUGUUCAAUUCAGGGAAGGCUCUAUAGUAAUUUAAGCGUCUUCCUAAACCAUAUUCAGAUUGUUUGUAAUUCACUAGGAUCAUCAAUGGCUAAAACAAACCUCCAAACAUCAUAUAAUGUUAAUAUGUUCAGCAUAUGUAAUUGCAUAAUCCUUUUCAAAUAGCACCUAUUUACACCUGAAGGUUAUUUUUUUGUCCAAGAGUCCACCCAGACUACCCAGAUCAAUCUUGGAGAUCACUGGGGUGACACGCUCUGGCCACCUCAGUCUCCUUGACAUCUGAUGAGUGGUUAUGCAGGCUGCAAGUCCCAGAACUUGUCAGUUAUAUAACUCCUAGGCUUAAGUUUAUUCAUCUGUCAAAUAAGGGUAAUACAUACCUACAAAAGUUUGUACAGAAUGUUUAACCGACAUAACAUAUAAGAAUUGCUUGAUAUACAUAGUAGCUGCUUAUUAAUGGUAACUAUUAGUAGCAUUCUUAGUGAGACACAAUAAAAAUAGAUUAUUUAAGCCAA